UCAGCAUCAUGGUCACAAAGUGCGUCUUUUUCGCGUGUUUUUUGCUCACUUUCGUUUUUGGGAUUGACAAUAAAGACGUUUUCAAUGGGCAUACAUUAAAACUUUCCAAGUACUCCAUUGUUCAACCUCAGGUGAUUCAUAGAUGGGCAAGGAGCAUCAACAGACAAGCACAGGCAAAAGAAAUAUAUGACGAGGAGAGGAUAUCAUACGCUCUCAUCAUCAAAAACAGAAAGCACCUCCUUCAUCUAAAGAAGAACAGAGACUUUUUACACCCAAACUUUGUGUCAACUUAUCCGAAACAACAUGUGCAUUGCUAUUAUCACGGCAAGGUAGAUGGAUAUGAGGACUCAAUGGUAGCACUCAGCACAUGCUCUGGCCUAAGGGGUGUGAUCCUGUUAGGAAAUGAGACGUAUGCGCUAGAACCUGUGCCACAGUCUGAUACCAACGAGCACCUUUUGUAUCUGCUGGAGGACAUUGAGUCAGAGCCCGUCACCUGUGGGGUUGUCAAUGAGGCUGCACCAACGCCAAGCCAUGAGCCCUUUGAGCCCGGCCAAUCACUGACGUCACUGCUGAGGAGAAAGCGCAACUUACCUGACACCAGUUAUGUGGAGUUGGUGUUUGUUGUUGAUAAUCUCAGGUACAAAUAUAAGAAACAAAAUGAGACAGCAGUACGAGAGGAGAUGGUGCAAAUGGCCAAUUUGCUGGAUGGGUAUUACAAAAAGCUGAAUAUCCGCAUUGUGCUUGUGGGCCUGGAGGUUUUUAAGGAUAGUAAUCCCUUUAGCGUGGAUGGCUCUGCAGGAGAGGUGUUGGGGAGGUUUGUCCGCUGGAGGAAGUCUGUUCUGAUACCAAAGAUCAAGCAUGACAUCGGUCAACUCAUUGUUGGUCAGCCCAAGGCAUAUGCAGGAGGUGUGUUGGGCAUGGCCUUUGUGGGAACAGUCUGCUCUGUGGCCACCUCUGGAGGAAUCAACGUGUUCAGCGACAACAGUCUGACUUAUAUUUCCACUGUGGUGGCCCAUGAGAUGGGCCAUAACCUGGGCAUGAAUCAUGACUCGAACAGCUGCAAAUGUAAUGGAAAAAGCUGCAUCAUGGCACCCAGUGCUAGUGGUUCCACCAGUUUCAGCACCUGCAGUGGACAAGACUUUGAGACGCUGAUCCUUCGUGGGGGAGGUGUGUGUCUGAGAAACCAGCCCCCUGUGUCAGAUAUAGUUGGUAUUGCCAAAUGUGGCAACGGCCUGCUGGAAGGAAAAGAAGAGUGUGACUGUGGCACACCAGAGGAAUGUAAUAAUGAAUGCUGUAAUGCUGCCACUUGCAAACUGACACGCGGAUCUGCCUGCGCCCAGGGGGAGUGCUGCAGCAACUGUCAGAUCGUUGUUUCUGGGACACCAUGCAGAGCGUCUGCCAACACCUGUGAUCUUCCUGAAUACUGUGAUGGCAAUUCUGCAUUCUGUCCCAAUGACUACUAUGUCAUGGAUGGCUUGUCCUGCCAAAAUAAUGCUGCGUACUGCUACGAGGGCCGAUGCCAGACAUACGAUUCCCAGUGCAACAAACUCUUUGCCCCAGAUCCAGCAACAAAGGCAGCAGACGCUUGUUUUACUCAUGCAAAUACUAAGGGAAACUUGUUUGGAAACUGUGGAAUCACCAGCAAUGGACAAUAUAAGAAAUGUAGCGUAGCAAAUGCUAUGUGUGGAAAGGUGCAAUGUACUAACGUGGACGUCAAUCAUCCUCCUAAUGGUGCCCAUGUCAGUAUCCAAAUUAUUGAUGGGGCAAGUUGUGUUAAUGCAGACUUCAACCUUGGCACAGAUGUGCUAGAUCCUGCCUAUGUUAACCCUGGCAGCCCUUGUGGUAAAGGAAAGACCUGCAUUGACUUCCAGUGUGUAAACGCCUCUGCUCUGCUGCCCAACUUAGACUGUCAUGCUGAGACCACCUGCCACAGCCGGGGUAUAUGUAAUGACCAAGGACACUGUCACUGUCAAGACGGGUGGGCACCGCCCAACUGUGACAGAUCUGGACGAGGUGGCAGUAUAGACAGUGGUCCUGCUCAGAUAGACUACUCCCUGAGGAACGGCCUAUUGAUCUUCUUCCUUCUGGUGGUUCCUCUUCUGUCUCUUGUCAUUGUGGGAUUUCUCUACGUCUUCAGGAGAGACACCCUGGACCCCUGUCUUAAACGAGGCCGUGCCAAGUCACGUAAUGCUCCAAGUGGAAAUACAAACAGUCAGUCAAACAACAAUGGUCGGACAAGUGCCGCAACUCAGCCCCAAGCACGGGCUGCUCCUGAAAGGCCUGCACAUCCACCAGCUACCUCAGUUCCAAUUUCUGGGUAUGAACCUGUUAAACUUUAUUCUUUCACAGCUACCUCAGAUCCAAAUUCUGGUUUCAGGUUUGGAGAACUAGAUUAUUGGAAUACGGAAACAAGCGCCACCCCUGCACAACAGCCACCUCCCAAACAGGGCCCCGGAGUGCCCAAACCAAUCCCACCUCGGCAGCCGCCAAAAUAAUUCUUUUUUUUAUACUAAAUAUUGACAGUUGUAUUGUGAAUGUAUGAAGUUAACUAUAUGAAGAGACAAAUUUAAAAGAAUGUGAUGGACCCACUGUACUUUUUUGACAGACCUAUAUUUAUUCAACUGUAAUGCUCAGUUGAUCGUGGUUGAUAAGACUGGUGUAUUUGUUAAUAUUU